AUGCUUCCACAAGAUGAUAUAUCAGAAGCAAAAACAUUCCCAAACCCAGAUGCCGAUAUUUCAAUUGAUUCUCCUUUUGAAAAUGAGCAUGAAAUCACAAGAGAAAGACAAAUAAGUCUCUUGGAUGAUGAAAGCUCCAUAAAUCCUCUUAAUUUAACCUGUAAACCUGAGUCUUUCGGGUACACAUUGGAGGAAGCUCUUUUUUUAUUUCCAAACGUUACAUAUCCAAGAUGUGAAGAGCAAUAUAUAUCAAGCCCAGAAGCGUUUUAUAUUAAUCGUACUGAUAAUACUCUACAUAUGAAUUGCACAGGAAAGGUCGCUUUAGGAUUUUUGGAGGCAGAUGAAGAAUUCGGGAAAUAUUGGUAUUAUGAUAGACUAAAGGAUUAUAAUGGAGAGCCAUUAGCCCUUGAGACAGAGGAAUAUGCAUUUGGGACAUGCGAUAUCUCAAAAUGGUCAAAAUUUGAGCAUGUCGCCUAUAAAGUGAGAUUAAAUGAAGAGUCUUUACAAAGGGCUAAAAAUUCAUUACGUAGUAAACCUAUAAAUAUUGUUAUGCUAGUAAUUGAUUCUCUAUCACGGAGAAUGUUCUUUAGAAAGCUUCCAAAAUCUGUGGACUAUAUAAAUUCAAUUGCAAAAAAUGUAUCCAUUUUUGAUUUUAAAUUGCACCAUGUUAUGGGGCAAAAUUCUCAAUAUAGCUUUAUGCCCACAUUUUAUGGAGAUAUACCGAUUGUGGUAUCUCCUUUUAUGCAGGGAGAUUUAUAUUAUGACGUCUCCAUAUGGAAAUAUUUGCACGAGAGAGGCUUUGUAACAAUGAUGGGAAUGGACAAUUGUGAUGAUAAUUUACCACAAUUUAUAGGAAGAAAACCUAAAGUUGACCACAAAAUGGGCUCGAUAUGGUGUGCAGCUAGCGCUCAAUAUGGGUAUAGUGAAGCCUUAAAGAGAGAAAGAUGUAUUGGGAAUAAAAAUGCCCAUGCGUGGAUGAUGGACUAUAUUUUAGACUUUUCAGACGUCUAUAAAGAUGUAUCGAGAUACACUUAUAUGCAUAUAGAUACAGCUCAUGAGGAAACAGGAACUGUAGUAGCUACAAUAGAUUUGGAUUUAAAAAAGUUCCUUGAGGAAUUUUUUAGCAGAGAUGAAGAUUCUAUACUGUUUUUGAUGGGAGACCAUGGGAUGAGAUAUGGGGAAUGAUUCAAAUCAAAAGAUGGUUCACAUGAACACAAAUUGCCACUUUUAUUAAUAAUGGCGAAGGACAGAGUCUUAGAAAAGAUUCCAAAUAGCUCAAAAAUUUUAUUACAAAAUACAAACAGAUUAUUAAGUAAAUUUGACUUUCAUACAAUUCUACAGCAUCUUGGAAAUUAUCCUGAUCUAGAAUCUCACAGAGAAGAAAUUAGAGCAAAAACUUCAAAAAGACUAACAACUUACAAUUGGUUCACAGAAUAUGUACCAGAUAACAGAACUUGUGAAGAUGCUGGGAUCCCUAUAUUUUGGUGUUGCUGCAAAUCUUUUAAAGAAAUUAAAGAAGAUAUGAAUUCAGAAAAUUUCCGAAAAUUAACAAAUAGUGUUAUAGAAGUAUUCAAUACAGAAAAUAAUAUAUAUUCUAUAUGAAUGAAAACAAUGUGCUUAAAAUUGAAUUUAAAUCAAAAUACAUACAUAGGGAAACUCGAAGAUGAAGAUCUUGAUUAUUAUAAAAUAAAAUUUACAAUUAAAGAAAAAGAAUCAGCAAUGCUUGAAGUUAUUGUAAGGCUCUCGAGCUGAUAUAUACAAAAACAUGAAUCAGAAUAUUUUAGUGUAAAAAGUAUCGAUUUCGGCCAAAUGAGGUUUUUCAAUAUAAUGAAUGUCAAUAGACUGGACUCGUAUGAUAGUAUAUGCAAAGAAAAAAUAAUUCAACAAAAGUAUGACCCAACCUAUUGCAUUUGUGAUGAGGAUGAUUUUAAGAGAAAAUAUUUAAAUACCACAGACGGGAGCAAUAAUCCAGGAAACUCAUAA